AUGCCAUCCAUAUCGGUUUCCAAGGAUUCGAAAAAGUCGGCUGACUCUUCAGAAAUCGAAGGUUCUGAAAAAUGUAACAGAUUCUCGAAAACCUGCCGGAAAAUUCCAAAAAGUAUCCUGAAGUAUUGUUGGGUAAGUAAGUUUUCCCGUUUUCUAAUCACAAAAAUGGCCAACGGCUGAACAAUUGUGCAUUUACGCGUCAAAACACCGUAUUUUACGAAAUUUCGCGGAAAAAUCCAAAAAUCUUUGCGAUUUUCUGAUGAAAAAUACGGAAUUCCACUGACUGCGACACUGCAAAUAUUGCAUACUUUUCAGAAGAGCUCAGCAUUUCACGUCGCCGUCUUCAUUAUCAUUUUUCUCUGCGUAAAUCCAUACGAAGUGGAGCAUAAAUUUGUGGAUCCACGUGUCAUUCCCGAAGAUCGAUUGAUUUCCGACUGGAAUCCCGGAUUGUGCGGUCUGAUCGGCGCCAAACACGGGCGGUAUGCAGGUUCGUACACAAUCCGUCGUCAAUUUCAAUGUUUUCGAGCAAUUUAGGCCGAAAAUGCACUGGAAACACGCCGAUUCCGCACCGACAACAGUUUGGAUGCUAUUUGAGCGAAUGCGGAAGAGAUGAGUGCGACGAGCGCGGCGUCGGAUGGACUGUCAAGGAGAUAUCGAGUUCCGGGUGAGAAGUGGAAGAAAACUAUCUGGAAAUUCGGAUUCUACGCCGGGGUUCGAUCCCCGCUGGGGUCAAUCGUAUUCGCUAACUUUGAAUUCUUUAUUUGAGCAUUUUUGAUCCCGAAUUACACCUUUUUCAGAUGCCGAAAACCGUCGGAAACCCGAAAAACGUGCUGCCGACCGCUGGGACACUUGUGCACCUGGAACGGAAACUGGACGCAUUUCCCGACCCUCCGCACCUUUUCCUGCCAAUUUAUUCCCGAUGAAAAGUGCGGAAAAGUCUUGUGUGAUGUCAGUUUUCAAAAAAAUUUUAAGGAAAACGUUUGUUUUCAGAAAAAGCUGUAUCCGAUAUUGCCGGACCGUCGAAAUCGAUGCGCUUUCGUGAAAGCCGACCGGAAAUUGGGCGUUGCCACGUGUGGAAAAGUGGAUUUUGAAGGCAGAUUCGAGAGUUGGUACAAGAAAAGGUUUCAGAAGAGAAAUCUGAAAAAAAUUGGCAAAAAAUGUUUUUUCAGCGACAUUUUCUCGGUGAUUGACGAUAUUUGA